GUGCGCGCCAAGGGGCUCUGCUCUUCCCCAGGCGAGGCUGGCUCAGCACGGCCGCCUCCCCGGCAGCCACCCCUAUUCUGCUGACCUGAGGGAGGGGCGGGGGUCCCUCCUUCCCCCGGCAGCGCUGCGGCCUUCCCCGGCCCCUCCCCCUCAGCAGCGGCUCUGCCCUGGUCUGCCUGCCUGCAGAGCCCUGAAGCCUCUCCCCAAGGCCGGGGAGAAUGAUCGUCAAGUCUAUCUUGAGGGGCCCCCUGGCCCUCUGGUGUUGCAGCUUCAUGAAUUCGGAGCAAUACCUGGACCAGCAACUCCAGGAGAACAAAUACUUCCCAUUCCAGCUGCAGCAACCGAAAGUGUUUGUGAUCGAAUAUUAUAAGGACAUGAUCUGGAAAGGGGUGCUGUGCUUUAUCAUUUCCCUGGUCGCCAGCGUCUUCUACUUCAAAAUUAUUGGGAUCCAGCAGGAUAUAUUUCUUUUCUUCAUCUUAAGCAUGUUGACCAGCCUUUGGUUUGUCAUCAGCAACAUGAGCAAACGGCGACUGAUCAUCAACCACGUCAGGCAGUUCUACCAGUUCUACAUUAAAGGCAUUCUCUGGCAGGAGGGGCCUUUGCAUCAGAUCUACGUCCGACUCGUAGGCCAGCGAGAUGCUUAUGGAAAACUUUUCUACAGCCUCAUUAUUAAUGGGUAUCGCCUGGAGGUCCUCACCCUGGUCCAUUUGACCAGCAACUAUGAGCUGAUCGAUACCCUCGGGCGCCGCAUCGCACGCCACCUGAAUCUCAACUACUUUGACUAUGAGGACAUCUCUGUCCGCCAUGUCAUCCGCCACCUUCCCCCUGAGGAGGAGUAUGAUGAUGAAGAUGAGGACACCAUGAGUGUGUAACAUUUAAGGAUGCUGGGUGAUUAAAAAUG